UCCUUUUUUUAGAUACAAACAUACGCGCAGUCAAAGGCAUCUGGAACGACUUGUUACAGUUGAUGAUUUUACUGGACUCAUUAGCGAGGGAAUGAGACUUGUUUCAAAGAACGUUUUAGAUGGUCUUCAGAUGUGCGAAUUCUCGAAGAUAUCCCAUAAAAAGGCGUCGUCUGUAAUAGAAUGGUUUUGCUUUUGUAUUCAUGCGCUUGAUGAUUCCAUGUGACUGGUUGAGAAAACACCGCAGAGACAAGAAUAGGUAAAUAGCAUACACAACAAAAACACAAACUCGAAUUUCCGGGGGAGAAACUAUACAAAGCUCGUAAAAUCCUCGGGAAGAAAGGAUUCCAAACCUUCUCCUAAAAGAAUCAGAGACUCUUUUAUAGUGACGCUCUGGAAAGGGGGAAGAAUCUGCCAAGUGGUGUUGGAACAUCGUCUUUCGCCAAGACUCCUGAAUGACGUUCGAAAGGACUUUCUUGAUGGGUUCUCUAAAAUAAUCAAAAUAUUUCACAUUUCUUCAUUUCAUAUCACGCAUCCACACGCGCAAACCUCACGUGGUGCCAGAACCGAACCCCCACAAAAGAGAAAGACCAAAAAUCACAAGAAACACUAUAAAAAAAAAGUAAAUAAAUCUCCCAAGACGCAAACCAAGAUGUUGCUCUGAGCAUCCGCAGCGAGAGGCCGCGCGGGGAGAGUGUGCCUGUAGUAGUUAGCUUUAGGAGUGAACCUGUGGAGGAGAAUGAACCAUAACGGCUGUGUCUUGUUGAACGGUCAUUCCGAGGGACACAGCGCGACAUCUAGUUCUACUACGAAAGCCUCAAACAACGAUAACUCAUCGUCUUCAUCGUCCUCAUGGGGAAACUCACACAGCCAGAGAGCAACAGCAUCGUUAACAACAACAACCUCACAGUCAACGGGCAGAAAGCCACACAAG